GCGAGUCGGGACUGCGGGCGUGCGAUGAGUGGGGGCUGCCAUGUUGGGGGGUGCGGUGGCGACGGUUUUGGGGAUCCCUGAGGGGACUUUGGGAUAAUUUGGGAUCCCUUCGGGAAGUUCGAGAUUCCCGGAGAGGUAUGGGAUCCUUGAGUAAUUUUGGGGCUGCCUGGGCGGGGUGGGGGUACUCCGGGUUAUCAUUUUAGGGAGCUGCAUUGGGGGCACCCUCACAAAACCGCCCCCACCUCCUCCUACAGCUUCCCUUUUCUUCGGGAUAUCCUUGGAAUUGGGGAUUCCCUGGAAUUCUCGCCUAGUUCCUCCUCAUCCUGGAGGUCCGCCCAAUUUUACCUAAUUCCCACACCCCUCAGAAUCCAUGGAUUCCCUCCUUUUCCUCUCCGCCCGCCGCGUCGUCGCCCAGCGCCCUCUUCCCGCCCUUCCUGCCGAUCUCUAUCCCGUCCUAUUCCAAGCGGCAUUCCUGGAUGGAAGACCCCUGAUCCUGCGGGAUUUGGUGGCCGCUUGGCCUUUCCCGGUGCUCCACUUCCAGCGGCUCGUGGGGCACCGGGAGCUGCUCCGGGAUCAUCCCUGCAAGCUCUGUGUCCAGGCCGUCAUCCAGGCCGUGGUGGCGCAGCUCCGGCGGGAGCUGGAAGAGCCUGGCCACCGUUCCAGCCUGCGCGUGCUGGACAUGACCGGUCUCCCAGAUUCCACAUCUGGCCGCACUCCAGAUGGGAUGAGCGUCUGGUCUGGCACUGUGGCUUUGGCCAAGGCUUGCGUGGAGGUGUCCAAGCAUCAGCGGGAAUUCCAGAGGCGCAGAUCCAAACGGCACAAAGGCCGCUCCGGAGCCGCCACAGCUGCGGCCACUCCAUCACCCCUGGGUGUGGACAUCCACGCUGACCUGUUUGUCAACGGAACGUCCUACGGGAUCCUGCGUGAUGCGCUCCAGACCAGAGCUGCCGGCCCGCUGCGCCUCAAGUGCCGUGAAUUACAAGCAGAAGAACUCUCGGCAUCCGGGAUCGUGACUUUGUUGGAGUCUCUGGAUCCUUCCUGUGUGCGGAGGGUGGAUCUGCGCUUCAACAAUUUGGGAUUAACCGGACUCUCGGUGAUCCUGCCGCACCUCUCGCGCUUCCCAGAACUGCGCAGCCUCAAGCUCCAGUACAGCAAUGUGGACGUGCGGCGCCUGACUCCGGAAUCGGCUGUUGGAAUCCGAUGCCUGGCCGGGCAGCUGGGAAUGCUGCCCAGCCUCCAGGAGCUCAACCUGGGAUCCUCCCGGCUCUCUGGGAAUCUGCGCCAGAUUCUCUGUGACCUCCAGGCUCCGUUGGAAAGCUUGGAAUUGGCCUUCUGCUCCCUUGUUCCUGCUGACUUCGCCUUCCUCUCCCAAAGUUUCCACGCUCCGGCCCUCAAAAGGUUGGAUCUGAGCGGCCAUGACUUCUCCCAAGGCCUCCUGGAGCCACUGCGGCUGCUCCUGGAGGAAACCUCGGCCUCGCUGCUGCACCUGGAUCUCAUGGAAUGCCACAUGGCCGACUCCCACCUGGCCACGCUGCUCCCAACACUCCGGCGCUGUUCCCGCCUGCGCUUCCUGGGACUCCAUGGCAAUUCCCUGUCCAUGGCCGCGCUCAAGGACCUGCUCCAGAAAACCUUGGAGCUGCCCAAUCUCCACCUGGUCGUGUAUCCUUACCCCAUGGAUUGCUACAAACUGGAGCCGCCAGCAGAAUCUGGUUGGAAUUUUGAAGAGAUCGUGGAUGAGGAACUUUUGGCAGCGGCCAAGGCAGAGUUUACCCAAAUCUUAGCGAAUUCCAGGAGAACUGACCUUGUCUGGACUUACAAUCCCUACGGCCACAGAGCCCUGGACUACUUCUCCUUGUGAUUUGGGAAAAGCUCGGAGGCGGGAAAAGUUCAGAGCUUCCAUUGCAGAAAAGCAUUACUGCCUCCUUCCCAAAAUCCGGGCAUUUUCACCUCGUUCUGGUGCUUUUCCGCCUCAUACCAGUGUAUUUUUCUCUUUAUUUCGGUGGUUUUCUGCCUGGUUUUGUUAUUUUUCCGUCUCAUACCACUGUUUUCUGGAUUUUUCCUCCCCACCCUGAUAUUUUCCCCCUGAUCCCAGCAUUUUUCUGCCUCAUUUUGGUGUUUUCCUGCCUCAUCCCAAUGUUUUUCCACCUCAUUUUUAUAUUUUUCCCCUCAGCCCGGAUUUUUUCCACCCCAUUUUGGUGUUUUCCCACUUUGAUCCCAAUGUUUUUCCCUCUUAUCCCCCUUUUUUCGUAUAAUUUUUAUUGCCACAUUCGGAGGGAAAAACCCCGGAAUUCCCUUAAUUCCCAUGGGAUAUUAAUUAAUUAUUGUCAGUUACUUAUUAAUAAUUAUUAAUUAAGAAGACACCAUUGGUGAAAUUCUAUCCAAAUCCCUCCCAAAUUCCCAAAUCCUUGAUCACAAAUUCCCACAUCUCCAAA